AUGAGCGUAUUUAUCAUGUGCACGAGCCCAGUGGUGCACUCAAAUAAGCCCCGGGCCCGGGGUGAUCAAGAUAGGACGAGGGCGAAGACCAAGGGCCUCAAAGACCCACAAGCUCGGCAGUUCUUUGGGGUUUGCCGGGCCAUCAAGGCAUGCCUGCUGGAGAACGUGUUGGGGCUGCAGAAAUACUUGCCAGCAGUCCAGCGCAACUUGCAGAAGACUGGGCCCUACGAGAUUCACAUUGUUGAGCUCGAUCCGCUGGACUUUGGCGGCCUUACAAGCCGCCGGCGUUUGUUCAUUUUCAUGGCGCGAAAGCCGCUGGUGCGAAGCAGCCUCGAGUUCAGAACGGCCAUCGAUGCGGCUUUGGAGCGGAUGAAGUCGAUGCUCCUCCCAGAGGACUGCCCAGCGGUGGUGGCAGACAAGAAGCGCAGGGCAAGGCGGCAGAGGGCAAGGCUGGAUGCGCUGCACACGAGCUCCGACAGCGAUGCAGUGGACAUCAUGGACUACAAAACUUCAGACUGGCAAGCGCUCGACACUUCGCAGAGCUUGGACAGGAUGCCAGAGAAGCUCAUGCUGAUGGGCUUCCCCAUCCACAAGCUCAGUUUGUCCCAGAACAGUCGCGAAGUCGUAGCCGGAGCCGGAGUUCAGCUGGCAGCAGCAGAGCUGACAGCCACGAGGACGGUGACACGGUCCCAGUAUCCAGAUGAAGAAGACGCGCGCCGGGCACUGCUGAACCAACUGAUCGAGAACGCAUUGGAGGGGCCCACUUUGAGACUGCUUCGACACAAUCCAGAAGAGCUGCCUCGGAGAGAGCUCCCACCGGGGAAAUGGUCCGGCAUUUUUGGGCUGUACCUUGCAAGAUGCCUGGCCAUGGGCGAGCGGCCUGCCUCACGCUCUACGUUCUACCGUGUUGUUGGGCGAUGGCGAACAUGCUUGCACUUCAGGGAAAGGUCUUCCCACUCAACCUGCUUGACUUGCGAUCGCUUGCGUGCCAAGAUGAGACACGCGUCAGACUUCACAACUCACGCCACUGCCGCAGAUCAACUUUUGGGGCAUUUGCGUGUUGCUUGGGCGUGCAAGCAGCAAUACUGGCUGGCACGGGCGACGAGCCGCAUGAAAUCCGAGCUCCUUACACUGAUCAUCGACGGCUUUGAUAAGAGCAAGACGCUGCUGCCACGAUGGACUCGGGGUCGGACUCCGAAGGGGACAGUGUUUGAGAAGAACAUCCGGACAAAUCUCAAUCUCUCUGCGGUACACGCGCACGGAUGGGGAUUUUACGUCUAUAUCUCAGACGAGCAGAUCUCGGCAGGAUCCUCAUGGUCUUGGGAGAUCGUUUUUCGCACGCUGGAGCACGUAUUUCACUCAGCCAGACGCUCCAACCUUCGCGUUCCCUCUGGGCUGUGGAUACAAAGUGAUAACACUGUAAAAGAGAUCAAGAACAGCGUCUCUGGAUUGCUGUGCAGUUACCUCGCCAGCCUUGGAUACUUUGAGGACAUUGGCCACUACCACUUGCCGAAAGGACACACGCAUGAGGACAUAGAUGGCAUCUUCGGAGUCAUCAGCCUCGCCGUCCUCGAAUCCCAAGACGAUUGCCAGACACCGGGUGAUGUGUGCCGUGUCAUCGAGUCAAAGCUGCAGCCGAUUUUUGCUCGGAGAAACGAAGAGAUGCGUGUGAUAUAUGUUCACAAAGUGCGUCGCUGGCGAGAACUUUUGCCCAACGUGGUAAUGCUGAAGAAGGCUCCCGUCCUAUUUUGCAUCUUGAGUUUACACAUUGACAUUAAACAGACUAUUAGUAUGAGCGGUGCCUAA